GGGCCGCCACCGCCAAGCCGUAGAAGGGAGUCCAAAGCAGCAAUGUGGCUUACUUUAGCGAUUAUUAGCGUGGCCUUGCUUGUUUGCUGUCUUAAAUAUGUCGCUACUACCGGCUCGAAUCCCUUUCAUACGGACACGCGAGAACCCCUGAAGCCGCUGGUACCUAACCGCAAAGAGAAAAAUAAGGUGUUGAAACAAGGCUUCCUGGCCACUAAAGUUCCUGACAAUUUAGACGCCGUCGUCAUCGGUAGCGGGAUCGGCGGGCUCGGCCUGGCCGUGCUGCUGGCUAAAGUGGGGAAGAAAGUCCUGGUUCUGGAGCAGCAUGACCGGGCAGGCGGAUGCUGCCACACGUUCACCGAGAAGGGUUUCGAAUUUGAUGUCGGAAUCCACUACGUCGGCGACCUGCAGGACCACAAGCCGUUCCGUUGCAUGCUGGACCAGAUGACCAACGGGCAGCUGCGGUGGGAGCCCCUGGAGAACCCGUUUGACCACGUUGUUAUUGGGCCGCCAGAAAAGCGCCGCCGCUACCCUGUCUACAGCGGGCGCACACGCUUCCCCGAGGAGCUGAAGAAGUGCUUCCCGGGCGAGGAGGCGGCCAUUGACGAGUACAUGCGACUUGUCAAGAAGACGGGCAGAGGCAUCUGGUUCAUGGCCUUGCUCAAGUAUUUACCAGCUUUCUUGGCUGAGCUGCUGGUCCGCAGCGGCGUGGUCAAAUAUCUGUCGCCCUUCUACAAAAUGGCAAACCGCAGCCUGACCCGAGUCGUCAACGAGCUGACGGAGAACGAGGACCUCAGGGCCGUCUUCUCCUACAUCUUCGGCACCUACGGUAAUAUGCCAAAAGAGGCCAGCUUCGCCAUGCACAGCCUGCUGGUCAUGCACUACCUGAACGGAGCCUGGUACCCGAAGGGCGGCGCCAGCGAGAUCGCCUACCACAUGAUCCCCGUCAUCGAGAAGGCGGGGGGCGCCGUUUUGGUGCGAGCGCCCGUCAACCGCAUCCUAUUCAACCACGCGAGGGAAGCGUGCGGUGUGAGUGUCAUGAAGGGCCAGGAGGAGGUACAUAUCCAUGCGCCCAUUGUCAUCUCCAACGCGGGUAUCUUCAACACCUACCAGACGCUGCUGCCCAAAGAGCUCCAAGCCGUGCCAGCAAUCCAGAAGCAAUUGAGCAUGAUGAAGCACGGAGCAGGUGGCCUUAGUAUCUUUGUGGGACUGGACGGCACCAAGGAGGAGCUGGGCCUCAAAGCUGACAACUACUGGAUCUUUCAGGAGAGCAAUUUGGACCAACUGAUGAUCAAAUACAGGGACAGCAGCAGAGAGGAGUCGUCGAAAAACAUCCCCCUCCUGUUUGUCGCCUCUCCGUCUGCUAAGGAUCCUACCUGGGAGGAGAGGUCACCAGGUAGUAAGUCCACCUUGAGUCUGGUCAGCUUCGCCAAUUACGACUGGUUCGAGGAGUGGAAGGACGACAAAGUGACCAACCGGGCGUCCGACUACAAGGAGUUAAAGCGAGCUUUCAUUGAGACAGCCCUGCAAGUGGUGCUGGAUGUCUUUCCCAAAAUCACAAAGGACAAGGUGGAAUAUAUCGACGCAGGCACACCCAUCACCAACACUCACUAUAUCGGCGCCCCCAAAGGCGAGAUCUACGGGGCAGACCACGGCAUGGAGCGCUUUACCCCGGAGCUCAGCGCCAACGUGAGGCCCCAGACGCCGUUCAAGAACCUCUACUUGACAGGUCAGGACGUGUUUGUGUGCGGCUUCGCGGGCGCACUGGCCGGCGCCCUCGUCUGCGGCUCGGCCAUCCUCCGUCGCAACCUGCACGAGGACGCCAGCGCCCUGGCCAAGAAGACCAAGUUUGUCCACACCAAACUUAAAGGGGUGUAACCGGGAAGAAUACGUAGCUGCUGCUUUGACAAACCUUUUCCUUUUCCUUUUGCUUUUUCCUUGGCUGAUGCCGCCAACGCAGAAACAAUGAAUUCCACUCUAAAGAUGCUGUCGACAGUGCCUUGAAUUGUUUCAAUAUUUGAGAACUAGACCACGUUUGCCUCAACAUGCAAUCGUAUCAAAUGUUUCCAAAGAUACAUACUCUACUUCUAAUAACAAUAGAUCUCUCAUUCAUCUAGAAACGCCUAAUAUAAAC